UUUUGUCAAAGCAACAUGCUUCACAAGUCCUGGUUAGGAAACGACGUGCGAAUUCUUUGCUUGAAGAAACCAAACAGGGUAAUCUUGAGAGAGAAUGCAUUGAGGAACUGUGUAAUAAAGAGGAAGCCAGGGAGGUGUUCGAGAACAACCCUGAAACGGAUUAUUUUUAUCCAAAAUACCUAGCUUGUCUUGGCUCUUUCCGAGCUGGAUUAUUUACUGCUGCCCGUCUGUCCACUAAUGGUUACACCGACCUAAGGAGCUGUAUCAAAGCUAUUCCAGACCAGUGUAAUCCUCUACCAUGCAACAAAGAUGGGUACAUGAGCUGCGUAGAUGGCCAAGCUGCAUUCACGUGCAUUUGUAAACCAGGCUGGCAAGGAAAAAUGUGUGAAGUUGAUAUAAAUGAAUGCAAAGAUCCCUUAAAUGUGAAUGGAGGUUGCAGCCAGAUUUGUGAUAACACUCCUGGAAGUUACCAGUGUUCCUGCAGGAGUGGUUUUGAUUUGCUUUCCAAUAAAAAAGACUGUAAAGAUGUGGACGAAUGUUCUAGGAAGCCAAAUGUUUGUGGCAAAGCCGUGUGCAGAAACAUGCCAGGAGACUAUGUGUGUGAAUGCCCUGAAGGCUACAGAUACAAUCCCCAGUCGCAGGCCUGUGCAGAUAUAGACGAAUGCUCGGAAAACAUGUGCGCUCAGCUUUGUGUUAACUACCCUGGAGGCUAUUCUUGUUACUGUGACGGGAAGAAAGGGUUCAAACUUGCCCAUGACCGGCAGAGCUGUGAGGUUAUUCCCGUGUGUCUUCCUUUGAACCUGGACAAAAAUUAUGAAUUACUUUACUUGGCAGAGCAGUUUGCAGGGGUUGUUUUAUAUUUAAAAUUUAAUUUGCCAGAAACUAACAGGUUCUCAGCCACGUUCGACUUCCGCACGUACGACUCGGAAGGCGUCAUCCUGUGCGCAGAGUCCCUGGACCACUCUGCGUGGCUGCUGAUCGCGCUGCGGGACGGGAAGCUCGAAAUUCAGCUGAAGAAUGAGUUCACAGCGCAGAUCACAAGUGGCGGCGCUGUUAUUAAUAACGGCGUAUGGAAUAUGGUGUCUGUGGAAGAAUUAAAAGAUAGCAUUAGUAUUAAAAUAGCUAAAGAAGCUGUGAUGAAUAUAAAUAAACCUGCAAACCUUUUUAAAUCUACAAAUGGAUUUGUAGAAACCAAAAUAUACUUUUCAGGAUUACCUCGGAAAGUGGAAGAUGCACUCAUUAGACCGAUUAACCCUCGUCUGGAUGGAUGCAUACGAAGCUGGAAUUUGAUGAAUCAAGGGACUUUAGGAGCAAAGGAAAUUAUUCAAGAAAAACAAAAUAAGCAUUGCCUUGUCACUGUGGAGAAGGGCUCCUAUUAUCCAGGAUCUGGAAUUGCUCGCUUUAGCAUAGAUUAUAAUAACAAAACUAAUGCGGAGGGCUGGCAAGUCAAUCUGACCUUGACUAUUCGCCCAUCUGAGGGCACAGGGGUGAUGUUUGCCUUGGUUUCAGGUGACACGGUGCCUUUUGCUAUGGCAUUGGUGGACUCCAGCUCUAGAAAAUCUCAGGAUAUUAUAGUGUCUGUUGGAGAUACAGUAGUGAGUCGAGUAGAAGCUGUACGUCUGUGCUCCAGUCAACAAUCUCAUGUGGUACUCGGAGUCAACAGAAAUAACCUGGAGCUGUGGACUUCACUUAAAGAAGAUAUAAUUUUUUCUGAAGACCUUCAAAGGCGGCUCGCCAUCUUGGAUGAAGCAAUGAAAGGACCAGUGGCCACUUACCUGGGUGGCAUCCCAGACAUCCCAUUCAGUGCUACGCCAGUGAAUGCCUUUUAUAGCGGUUGCAUGGAAGUGAACGUCAAUGGUGUACAGUUGGAUCUGGAUGAAGCCAUUUCUAAACAUGAUGAUAUUCGAGCUCACUCAUGUCCAUCAGUUUGGAAAGAUACAAGCAGUUCUUAAGGCAUCUUUUUUAUCUGCUGAUAAUAUUUCUUUUCAGAGUGUGAUCCUAACUAUGUUUCUAUAAUCGAUUGAAGGGUUUACCUCAGUGGUGAGGUCCUUGAUUAUUUUUUGGUACUUUGAGCUUCUUGGAAUUUUAAAAAGCUCCUAUCAAGAAAAAAAUUAUGCUGUAAUAUUAAAAAAUUCUUACUUUUGUUGCCGUUUAGAAAUUAAAUAAGGAAACAGAAAUUUUAAAUUUUAAUGUUUUGCUGCCAAAUGACAUUGCUUUCGUCUUUAUUUGAAAAUGUAAAUUUUAAUUUCACCAUCAUUGGACUAGUAUUUUAACUAUCUGUUUUUCUCAGAAGGCAAAUCGGUAAAACCAAACAAAAUCUCAUUGAUUAAAUACUGCUGAUCAUAGGCAGAUUUUCUGUUGUGCUUGAUGCUCCUCUUCUGUGAUGAGGGCAGAGGAGAUGGUGGGUUAUUGAAUGUGAACUGAGUGGAAGAUUUUAAAGCUUUAUUCCAAAAUAAUUUGUCAGGGGAAGCAACUUUGUCUUUUUGUCUUUCUCUUACGUGGCUUCACACUGCAACCAGUACCUUGGGUGGAUUAGAAAAUGACAGGGACACGUUGCCUUGAGAGCAGCACAUGAGUCUGCUUCUGGGGAACUAGAUCUAUGAGGAUGAGACAUUUGGUUCCUUUGGAAAGGGCAUGAAAAUCUGGGUUGGGUACGUUCCUUAAGUUUGGCUGUGCGGGUCUCUCAAGCUCUGAAGUAGAAAAGGCAGCAGGGGUGGAAAGGAGAACCGACGACUGUUCACAGUUUCCUUCGAUCCAGAUUUCAACCACUGCAGUAAAUCCCUUGAAUAUAAUUUGUUGAGGAACAAAAGAAUCUGUGGAAGCUAGAACAGACUUUUAACAGGAAGAGAACCACGGAGAGAUACAGCAAAUGCUGUGCUUUUUAGUCAGAGAAGGGGGAAGGUGAGACUGCAGCAUACUUGUUGGCAGUGCAGGUGAAACGGCAGUAUUUUCAUGUCAGGUGUAUAUCAGAUGCUUCACUGAUCUUUUAGAAAAUAAACUUUUUUUCACCACAGAUACUUUAAAUCACAUAAAGUGUAAUAAAUUGAUGUAUAUUUUAA